CCAAGGUUUACAAGCCUCAUUUAUUUGUGUUCAUUACUUAGACUGAAGGAAAUACUAUAUCAUAUCCUUAGAGGACUUACCAAGAAGCAGUACAGACCAAGGAGCAAAGUUGCAUAUCAGCAUGCAGAAGAAUGAAGCGGAAUAAUUUACUAAUAAAAUAUUGAAUUUCUAAUGUCGGUGGAUAUGGGUUACAAUGCAUUUAUUUGAGGAAUUUGGACUGAUUUAGGAGCAACGGUGGUGACGGAAAAGAAGAAGACUCAUCUUUAUCAUUUCAUAUUGCUGGCUUGAAUAUAUUUGACAGCGCUAUGGUGUCAGAGGUGGUGAUCCUGACGGUCUACAUCCUUACCUUCUUGACUGGCCUGCCGGCAAACACACUUGCCUUGUACGCCUUCAUCAAGAAGCUCCGUGACAAACCCACCCCCACGGACUUCCUCCUGCUCAAUCUGACUAUAUCAGACCUUCUUUUCCUACUCUUCCUGCCUUUCAAGAUGUACGAGGCAGCAUCUGAAAUGCGCUGGCUCCUCCCUAGUUACCUGUGUCCCCUCACCACGUUUAUAUUCUUCUCCACCAUCUAUACCAGCUCACUGAUGCUAAUGGCUGUUAGUGUUGACCGUUACCUGUGUGUGGCAUUCCCAGUCAAGUAUAAGAUCCACCAGAGGCCUGUAUAUGGAGUCAUCUGCAGCAUCUUUAUCUGGAUCACUACGUCAACUCAUCUCUGCUUCGUAUAUAUUGUGGAUCACCUGACUGGAGAUGAUAGCCAGGUCCAUGACUGCUACAACAACUUUACUCAGUCUCAGCUGGAUGUAGUAUUGCCCAUGCGUCUAGAACUGUGCGUUGUUCUCUACUUCCUCCCACUCAUCGUUUGCACCUUCUGCUACACAAAAUUCAUCCUCAUUCUCAGGCGCACAGCCAGCCUCAAUGAGGGGAAGCGACGGAGGGCUGUUGGCAUGGCCUUGGGUACACUUUUGGUCUUUGUGGUCUGCUUCCUGCCCUACAACACCACACACCUCCUGGGCUACAUCACCAGGGACAACGUGAUCUGGAGAUCUGAUGCUUUGCUGCUCACCACCGUCAACACAAUCUUCGACCCAAUCACUUUUUAUUUCUCCUCAGCUGCCUUCCAAGGAAAUCUGAAGGCUCUCCUAAGACCCAGUACUAAGGCUGCUUACACUGGCGAGGUGAUAGAAAAUGUCUGCACUAAACCGAAUCGAGUGAUACAAGGCAACCAGACUGAAAAUAUACCCGAUAACGAUGCUAGUGAAUUGGCAUGUCCAUAGAGAGUUUGAUCUUCUGCAAACCUCUUAGAACCAAAUUUUGCAAGACCUUCACAGUUGGUAGACAGAAUAGCAGAAUCCACAUGAAUAGGUAUCUUUACUUUGUUCGGUAACAAAAUAUGUUUAACGUAAGUUCCAGUGAGGCCAAAAAGUUGGUGCCAAAUUUGGUGGGACAAAAAUCGACGCCAAACAGCACAUCUUAGGUGAAAGAUGCAGCAAUCGGGCACUCCCGGGAUCGUGAGGCUCACAAAGUCGUCAUUUAUGUCACUCUGCCAUUCAGACUUUAUUGUCUGAAGAGUUCAUUCCAUUUUAUUUACGUUGGGAGGAAGCCAGAGAAUGUCUUCAGCCCUUCAACCCACAAUGUUUGUUUCUAACUGCAUGAAUCCUUUAUUGGAGUCAAUAAAUCCAGAGUUUGCUAUCUAAAGUUAUGCCUGUUCCAAGAAGUAUAAGGUUUUGCUAGGCAAGUUGAACCCUGUGAUGUAAAUACCACUCCCUUGUCAUGUUUACAUAUUUUAUAACUCUCAACCUUCAUCAACAACAAGAUGAAAAUACCUUUAAAUGGAAAAUUUCAUUUAAAUGUUAUAUUCA